AUGGUUCCCUUCUUCACGCUUGAGGCCGCCCUGAUUCUCGUCUCCAUUCUCAGCAGUCGCUUUCUGGCGCCGCGACUGCAAGAGCCUUCGGCAGCGGGGAUGUGGUUCUUCUCGCUUCCCUUCGGGCGUGUGUUUGCCGAUAUGUCGCUCUUCCUCUUCAGCUUCGUCAUGUCGAUCGAUCUGCUCUCCCUCGCCUGGCCCUGGAUAGCCCCCGCCACCAGCAGCACCUAG